AUGAGAAUGGAAUUCUUGUGCAAGAAUAGAAUCGAAGACAAGAGCAAAGAAGCAGAAAGCGGGCAAAUCUUUUGUUUCCUAACAAAUUCUUUAUCAGAAGCAAGAAGCAGAGUGGAGAAAGAAUUUAAGCGCGGUCGAGUGCCGACACAACAAGUGAACAUAAAUUUGUUCGUUUAUAUUUGGAAUUGUUUCCAGUUAAAAAAUCAUCACGUUCACUGCAUUGUUCCGCUCCGCACUGAGAUUAUCCUUGUUGGAAGUAAAAAGUUAGAAGGAAAACGACAGAAAGAAGAAAAAUAUUUUCGUGAGAACCAAAAUAUUUAUGCUAAUGAGUCAGUUCAUGUUGAUGCAUUUUAUGGUGCACUUGUCAGUUAUUCGGACAACACAAAACUUUCCCAGCAACUUUUUUCUUACCUGCAACUUGCAGAUGAUUUAAAUUUCAUAAACAUUCGGAAAUAA